UAGUGAGUGAGACUGGCGGGGAAAAGAAUAAACGCGGGAGGGGCAGACACUGUACGUCACUGUGCCCGGACAAGUCCCCUCCGACAUCCACACACACUGAACUCUAACACCACUUGACCACAGAACUCGAUUCCUCGUGUGUCUGGUCUGAGAUGUUCAGUUUUUCAGGGAAUCAAAAUGUGCGGACGAACCGCUUGCACUCUGGCUCCCGACGAGGUGAGCCGAGCCUGCUCCUACAGGAGCCGAGGAGGGCAGCGGAGACAGCCGCGCUGGAGGGACGGAGACGCGGACAAAUACCGACCCUCUUACAACAAGAGUCCCCAGUCCACGAGCCCCGUCCUGCUGUCCCAGAGGCACUUCGAUAAGGAUGCUCCCGUGGAUGAGUGUGUGUUGGCCUCGAUGCGCUGGGGUCUUGUGCCUGCUUGGUUUAAGGAGGAUGAUCCGAGGAAGAUGCAGUACAGCACCAGCAACUGUCGCAGCGAGAACAUACUGGAGAAGAAAUCGUACAAGUCCCCCCUGAAUAAAGGACAGCGCUGCGUCAUCCUGGCUGAUGGUUUCUAUGAGUGGAGGAGGGAGGAGAAAAGCAAGCAGCCUUUCUUCAUCUACUUCCCUCAGACUCCCUCCGGAUCCAGUCAGGAGAAAACAGAGGAUCAGGAUGACCUCGCGACCUCCGCUCAGAGCAAGGAGACUUCGGAGAGGGCAUGUUCUGCAGAGGGGGGGGCCUUCGACUCGACAGAGGAAGGGGAAGCACCUUGUGAAUGGACUGGUUGGAGGUUGCUGACCAUGGCUGGACUAUUUGACUGCUGGACACCUCCAGGUGGUGGGGAAGCCCUUUACACGUACAGCGUAAUCACUGUGAAUGCUUCCCCAAACCUGCAAAGCAUCCAUGACAGGAUGCCAGCGGUCCUGGACGGAGAGGAAGAAGUGAGAAGAUGGCUCGACUUUGGGGAGGUAAAGUCUCCAGAUGCCCUGAAACUGCUCCAGACUAAAAACAGUUUGACUUUUCAUCCCGUGUCAUCGCUUGUCAACAACUCGCGCAACAACUCUGCGGAGUGUCUUCAGCCGGUGGAUCCGGGCAGUAAAAAGGAGCCCAAGCCCACAGCCAGCAGUAAGAGGAUGAUGAGCUGGCUGACAAGCAGUGCACCGACAAAAAGAAAGGAGUCUGACUGUUGUGAGAGUGAACAACAACAACAAAAAGGAAAGUCAAAGACUCCGCUCAAGUCUACAGGAGCACUGCAGCUGUGGCUUCAGGGAGCCAAUAAAAAACCAAAAACCAACUGAGGAUACAAACCAGGACUUAAAACUGCACUUUUACAUCGCACUAAUUCUACUUUACUGUUUUUACAGGUAUGAGAAACAUUGUUACGGUUUCUGCUUAUAUUAGUAAAUAUCUGUAAAUGUAUGCUUCACAGAAAUGGCUGGGCUGUUUAAUAAAAGUCAAAAAUAAACAGCGCUUUAUUCAAGAUUUUUUAUUACCCUUAUUACUUGAAACGCAAAGACAUUGAAACAAUGUAGAUGCUAUGCAUUUAUCAUAUUACUAAUAUAAUAAUGAUGAAUGCCAAUACUCUCACCCACACUCCCACCCCCCUCUUUUUCAAAGUUGUAUGUAAUCUAUAAUGCAUUUUAUAGUUUUAAAACAAACAGAUCGGUUAAGAGAUGUCAGGCACUUACACGGUUUGCUAACAUGAGCAACUGGCAGAGUUGGAUAUGGAGAUUUACAACACAACUUUUAGCCUUCCCCCGAGCGAUGUUCAAAGAGGUUUGCAAAUAUACAAAGUCUUGCAAAUAGUCAACAGUAAAAAGAAAUGUACUAGCUAAUAGUACUCGGUUAUGAAUGAUAUUUAUACUUGAGGAAAAAAAUGAACCUCUCCUCUUCAGGUAGAAUGACACAGGGUUUUUUUUUA